AUGGCGGUCACCAUGUCCUCAGCAGCAGCUGCUCCUAAGCAAUGUCGGCGCAAUGCUGGCCAUGUCAACCGUAGUAAUUUCGAUGCUGCGCCGUUGGGGCUGCCGCCCGACGAAUCUCUUUCUCUUCAAUCCCACUACCAUCAGUCUUUACCGUCUUCUAUUUCUGCAUCUACGGCUGCUUCCGUCCAUGCUUCCAUUCCAGCUGCAACUGCAUCUUCUUCUAAUUCUCCUGUAUCUGCUUGCUCUUCGGGUUCUGUUCAGCAGCCCUCGUCAAUCGCUUAUCAACAAUACCACUAUCAACAUAUAGACUUUACCCAGCUGAACGGAGGGAAUGAUCCCUUUCCUGACCACUAUUUUCCCUCUAAUUCUAUUACGGCCCCCUUGUCUGUAGAGGGAUUCAUUCCAACACAAACUGCCACUUCUGCCGCCACCACUACCGCUCCGGCAUCUCCCUGGCUGGAUUUUCUUGAUGUCAGUCUUGAUAUCUUCGACCAGCAUGACCACCCACUGGACGCUUCCCUGCUUUCAACAGGGACCGGCUCGCAAAGUGAACAGGAGUGUAUGUUGUCGAAUCCGUUAUCAGAUGCACCUGCUCCCGUUGAAAUUUCGGAAUAUGACCUAGUACACCCAUAUUCUGUAGGGGAUGAGCUAGAAGUUGAUGAAUCGCUCUAUUUAAACAAUGCGCAAGAUUCCUUCGAGGCACCCGCACUACCAAGAACGCUAUACUCUCCGCCAGAUUACCACCAUUCGUCAAACAACCUGAAGAAUGAUGACUAUAUUCCCACCUCUCAGAGCAUUAUCAACCAGGACAUCAAUCCCACGCAAUGCCAUCAAUUAACCUUCCCAUCUCAAACCCAAGCCCCCACUUACCAACUUCAACCAAAGACAUAUUCUCCCCUGACCCUAAACUCAAGCACCUCUCCAUCCCCUUCAAGUACUAGCACCCUUAAUUCCGCAUCUCCAUCAACGCAAGCUGGCCGUCUUACUGCACAAGCAACCCGUUCCCCUGCUCCAAAAGCCGCAGCAACUGCAGCAGACCUUGCUGCGGACAAGCGUCGGCGCAACACCCUUGCUGCUCGCCGCUUCCGCCAAAAGCAGCAGGACCGUGUUGCAGAGCUGGAACGGACUCUGGAAAGGGUGUGUAAGGAAAGGGAUGAGCUGAAGAUGCAAGCUGCUCGCUGGGAAGGGGAGGCUGUUGCUUUGAGGGGCAUGUUGCAGAAGAGGCGCUGA